AUGUAUGAGCUGGUCGAUCGUACCACUACGGACUACUAUAAUUCACCACCUAUCCGAGAGGGAGGUGGGAGGUGCUUAGGCCUCGGUGCUCUUCUAAGAGCCGGGAACGCGAGUUUGACGUCAGAAUUUCCCGAUCUAACAUAUACCAUACUCGAGAACCGCGGGGCAAUUGGCGGAACUUGGGAUUUAUUUCGAUAUCCUGGUAUCAGGUCCGACUCCAAUCUAUAUACAUUUGGAUUAUCGUGGUAUCCAUGGACGAGCCCUACGUUAAUCGCAGACGGAGAAUCAAUUCGCACAUAUUUUCAAGAAGCGGCCGAGAAAUUUGGAAUUGAUAAGAAUAUCAAGUUUCAUCAUAAUGUUACGGCCGCAGAUUGGUCAACAGAGCAACAACAAUGGUCAGUAUCAGUCGAAGCUGGUGGAAGCAAAAGCACCAUAAAAGGACGAUGGAUUGUCUGGGGCACAGGAUAUUACAACUAUAAUGAGCCAUUGAAGACGGAAAUACCUGGCUUGGACAACUUCAAAGGUCAAAAUGUACAUCCUCAAUUUUGGCCUGAAGACCUCGAUUACACGGACAAGAAGAUAGUCGUCAUUGGAAGUGGUGCUACGGCCAUUACUUUAAUACCAAAUCUAGCAGAGAAAGCUGCCAAAGUAACUAUGUUACAACGAAGCCCUACUUGGAUCAUAGGAGUCCCAAAAACCUCUUCAGGCGGAGAUGUACUACGGAAAUUCCUUCCAGACUCGGUGGCUGACCAGUUGAUACGAUGGAGAUUCCUCGUAUUGCCCUUAUUAUUCUUCCAUUUCUGUCGCUUCUUUCCCGACUUUGCUCGAAGUAUCCUCCACAAGGGAAUCAAGAAGCAAAUCCCAUCCACUAUCCCAAUCGACCCUCAUUUUAGCCCCAAGUACAAUCCCUGGGAACAGCGUAUAUGCGCAUGUCCCGAUGGGGAUUUCUUUAAAUGUCUUCAUUCAGGAAAAGCCGAUGUCGUAACCGACACGAUCAAAACCGUCACUUCAUCCGGCAUCGAGCUCGAUUCGGGAAAAACUCUCGACGCCGAUAUAAUCGUCACAGCUACCGGAUUAAAAAUGCAAAUGGCCGGUGGCGCGAAAGUAAGCAUUGAUGGAGUUCCAUAUGAUUACCCCAAAAAAUACAUGUGGAGAGGCGUAAUGCUUCAAGAUAUGCCCAACGCGAUAACGGUCAUCGGAUACGUAAACGCAUCGUGGACAUUAGGAGCGGAAAAUACGGCGAGCGUAUUGGUACGUCUCAUGAAACACAUGCGGGAGAGAAAUCUCAUCACGGCGGUCCCUAGACUUCCUAGCGAGAAAAUGCAAUCAGGUCCUUUGUUUAAUCUUAGUUCGACGUACAUGCAGAUGGGGAAGGCUAUUUUACCCAUGACCGGUGAUAGGGGUAUGUGGAAACUUAGACAGAAUUAUCUAGUUGAUUACUGGGUUGCGGAAUAUGGGAGUGUGACGGAUGAUUUGGAGUUUGUUAGUGCGGGUGGUGCGGCGUUUAAUAAAGAUCAGUUAUGGUGGAUAUCGAUUAGAUUAUUAUAA